AUGAUCAAAGGCACUGAUGAAAGGAACAAGAACUUAUAUGGAAAAUCCGAGCAGUCCUCCUCCUUGCGACCAGCCCACCUUCCGAGUCACGAGCACUCCCACAGAUCCUGGCGUAUGGGUUCCCAAAUCCCACAGAUGCAGAAACCCUCCGAGCCCAACACCAGCGAGAAUCCUUCGGCCAUGCGGGCCCCCCCUUUGCUGGCUCCUUCCCCCAUACCAUUGGUCGAGUGGAGCUUGAUCGUUAACAAAAGUCUUCCCCACGACAAGCUCAUCCAGCUGCCUGGCCCAAUCAGCGAAAGCAUCCUCAUGUCAUCCGACUCCCCCUCAGCCAUCGUAGCAGGACGCCAACACGGACCCAAAUCCAUCCGCGAAUCAUUUCACUUCCAAACCCAUUCGGCUUCAAUUCCUAUUAGUUUGGCUCAACUGAUCCUUGGAAGCGUUGCAUUGCCUCAGGACAAUGGCACCUUGGCUACCAUCUACCCUGCAUGUCGUAUUCAUGCACAGCCUCUGCUUCUUCAAAUUCGCGGUCAUUAUGCUACUUCACCCGACUUUUGCAACGGUGCUAGGUUUUUGGAGCACUCUUCGCCUCAUGUUGGGCGAAAUUUGGGUUCUCCGGAAGAGAAUGUGCCGGACGGGGAAGGUUUCUGA